AUUCGCUGGGAAGUUCGCACGAGUGUUUACAGUGUUAUUGUUGUCAUUGUUCACUGCAAUUUUCGAUAAUCACCUGAUUAGCUAAGAUCAUUAACAGAAGUGAGUGUACAUGGUGCCUCCCAACUCAUUUCACCUCCCCUGCACAUCGAUAAAUCCGCGUAUCCACACCUCUCCGGCCAAAAGAUGCACAAGAUAAGACUGUACGUGGUACCAGAGCAUGAGGAGACAACUGAGAAUGAUGAUCCCGAUGAUAUUGAUCCACCACCCAUGAUCCUACACCGUAGAAAUUCACGGCGUCCUGGUGCUGUGCGUGUUAACGUGAUUCAAAAAAGUGCCUCGAGUGAAACUAAUGAUCCCGAUAGAAGCCACCUCAAAGGACUAGACGUCAUAAAACAGGAUCUCCUGAAGAUGAAUAAACGAAACAUAACUAAUCAUGCAUCAGCCAAAGUGCCAUUACGUGCCACCUCUUUAUCAAAUGGUCGAGUACUUGCAUCACCCCGUAUCAAGAAGAUCGCCCACGAUCUCCAGGAGAAAAUGCUCCAGAGUUCUAGCUAUCGAACACGUAAAACCGAGAAUCAUCGCAAAAGUGGUCACGAUGGAUCAAAAGUGGUGGUAAAAAAUUCACGAAUUGAAAGGAACACCAAUGGUAUAUCAAAUGCCGGAAAUAAAAGAACAGCUAGAGAGUGUCCAAGGAGCUACUGUCGAAAGGAUCAGUAUCAAACUGGAGAUUCGCCAAAAAUUGUUCGAGUCAAAGACGAAGUAGACGGAAUGGAAAAUAGAGAGGGGGUUGAGAAUUCCAACGACGCCAACUUGGCUGUACUCGGUAGAAACAACAAGCUCAACGGAUACAGGGAGUAUGAUCUCGAGCAGAAGAUCGAGGUGGAGAUCAAGAUGCGGGAGGGAUCGGCGAGACUUUUGGCAGCGGCAAGACACAGGGCUCAGAGUCUCGAGGCCGCCAGGGCUCUUCUCACUUCAAAUGAGAGGAUGUCUGCGUAUAUGGCUGAGCUGCAACGACGUAAGAAAGAGGCCAUUAAUAAACCGAGUAAUCCAGUGAGCACAGCGCGGGUAUCACUGUCAGAGCUGAGAGUACCCCUAAUGUGGAGGGAUUCUGAUCAUUUUAAAAAUCGCGGUGACUACAGACGCUUUGCUGUAUUCUGCCUGGCGCGAAUUGGCACUGAAAUACAUGACACGGCGUUACUCUGCCCCGUUGAUCGGGCGCUAACUGAUAUCACGUUUCCAGAUGUUCUGCUCUUCAACAACGUCCUAGCGGAUUUCGAAUUGACCCUAGAAAUUUACAGUCACAUCCUCCAAGAAGACCUCAGUAUUGCCAGCACCCCCCGCAGGAUCAAACGUACAAUCCACUCAUCGAUAUCAAAGACAGUUGGGAAGAAGCUGGCGGCUUCCCUCAGGGACGAGUUGAACUCGGGAAAAAUUGGUCCCCAUUUCGAGUUAAUGGCCUCUGCUAAGUUGACCCUCGAUGACACUGAUGAGAAUAUCCACACUCAUGACUUAGCUAUCAAUAAUCUGGAGAACAAGCAUCACGCUUUGCCACUGUUUGGCCACUUCUGCUGUCGCCUAGCUGCCCAGCCAGACUGCAUGACGAAAGAGGUUGCAACAGGAAAUGUUAAUAUCAAUGGAAGGGACUGCUGGGCUCGUCUCCAAAAUUUCACUAUUCAGAGCUGGGAGUCCAGGAAAUCGGCUGAGGGGGAGCAGAAUCCAAUUUCUACGAUAUUAAUCAACAGAGAGACUUCAAUCCAUCCCACGAAAUCCCAGAAGGAGUUGAAAGUAAUCAACACCUCAGAAGGCACCGAGAAGUCCUCAAUCCUGAAGUUUGACUCGCCAGAGGAGGCCCAGAAGUGGUUGAGGCACUUGACACUUCACGCAAAGGACCACGAGAGAUGGAAGCACGCAGCAGAGACUAUCCAAGAGGUUCCCUGCAUCGAGAGUGCAAGAAAUUCCUUCAUAAGUAGUAAAAGACAAGGAUCUCUGUACGAUGAGACACCCCUCAUUGAGUCUGUGCAAUCGGACUACACAUCCCACACAAGGCCAACAGUUCAGGAGAUCUUUGGCCUGACUCCCAGCACGAGUUUGAGCAGCUGCAGCUCCAACAGUCCACCCAGUCAUCGUUCUCGCUCUCUCAGCACCAGUGGCACGAGAAAAUUGAGCGCAGCUGCCAUAAAAUCUCACUGGCCAUUUUCCAAUAAACAUCAUGAUUAAAAAUAACAGUUUAGAGGGUAGAUAAGAUCGACCAGCUCUUCAUGAGCCACGAUAAUACUCAGAUUAAUGAAAAAUACAAUUAUUACGAUGCGAUUUGCAAUUCCAAGGUUCUGAAAUAUCCUGAAAAUUUCAUUGCAUUUUUCACCCCAAGACUGAAUCAAUCGACAUAAUUCAGAUCUGAUUGAUGAUUUAUUCAUUUGUAGAUUUAAUACUGUCGCCAUAUUCUGUUGAUUGAUUUAUUUCAAUUUAAUUGGUUGAAUUGAGGGUUUUCCUGCCUUUUUCCUUUAUUCUUGGAUUUUUUGUCCGAGGGAUGGUUAUUGAUGGUUCACGAGUGGAGUAGAAUUCGGGGGUAGCUGAUGGGAAUUUUUUUUCCAGGGAGUUUGAGGUCGUACUGAUUGACAAUCUGAUUACUGAUUUUGUGAAGUGGGAGGGGAGAGAUGCAAGAGAGAUUUAAUGCGUUUUGAGAAUAUCUUGGGAUAAGACGAGUUUGAGGAUUUUUUUUUUGUAAUGAAUUACGUGAACUACUUUGGAAAAUCUCUCUAAAUGGCCUUGAUGAAUUAUUAAGAGAACUUUGUAGAGAAUUUUAUUCUCCAAAAAAUAACAAUACUGAGAUGAAUAUAUAAAUAUGACAAUUCGAUUCCUUGAUAAUCACAAGAAUUUUCACUUUCGUGAUCCAUUAAUCAUCUUUAUGAUGAGUUGCUGCAGCAGAAAUUGUGAACAUUUUUUGUAGGAAACUUAAUUUUCUCUUAAAAUCAUUUGUUUCCUAAGUAAUAACCCAUUCAGAAAAAAAUUCUUAUCAAUCGGUAAAUCUUGAUAACCAGUGUUAUUGUAAGAAUUUGAAGACAUUUGCCCUCAACUCACUUAUUAAUGAGAUAUUCACAAAAUAAUCUCACUUCAACGCAGAACAAUAAUCUCGAACAAUUUUUUGCAUAAAAAAUUUUCAUUUUAUAUCGCUUGAGAGAGUUAGAUUGGAAUUCUGUGACUUAUGAUUUUUCAUUUUUGUAUUAUAACGAGUGAGGAUGUUUAUUUCGUUUGAACCGUGAAUAGACAGACGGUUGAGUCAAUGUAGCAAUAGACAGAUUGAUCAUAGUAUUUAAGAGAUGAACUAGAGAUUUUUAUUGGUGAAGAUUUAACCUUCGGAAGAUGAAUCAAUUUGGAGAAAUGUAAAAAAUGUUAACCGAUGAGUUAUAAUAAAUAUAAUAACCUUUA